AGCAGCACUGUCCAAGCACGGUUUCCGUGUUCCUAUUCUCGUAACUUUGACGUUUUUGCCCAAGUGACGCCUAUGAUAUCAGUAGGCGCGCUGUGGUCUCAUUCGUAUUUUCGUGUCUAUUCUACUGUGACGCUUGAUGCUGCUUCUCUGUCUCAUCUCGUCUAAUCUUUCUCUGAUUUUCUGUCUUGUUCAUAAACCCAUUCACGGCGAGUCUAAACAUCAUCAUUGUUAGAACAUAUUGACCAAAUACAAGUUACUAAACCGGCGUCAAUAACGUAUCGAAAGAUCUGAGUGAGAACGACCGAAUCCUUUCCCUCCUCACACACGUAGAGUAGUAACAUUACCGAUUGACACCUCUAACCAGAUGCGAGGUUCCGACGAGCUUCUUUCUCAGACGGCUGCUGUUAGUAAUGGUGGCAUCAUGACAUCUCAGCCUGACAACAACAAUGAUGCCAAAAAGGUUAAGUUGGACAGAAAUUUGAACAAACCAUCUCGAGUGGUCCAUGUAAGGAACAUUCCAAUGGAAGCAAUGGAAACUGACAUUAUAAACCUAGGAAUUCCUUUUGGUCGCAUCACAAACGUCCUGCUCCUUAAGGGAAAGAACCAGGCAUUUCUGGAGAUGGCUGAUGAGACAGCUGCAACAUCAAUGGUAAACUACUACAAUAAUUCAGGAACUCCAAUCAUCCGGGGCCGCACUGUAUAUGUUCAGUUUUCUAACCAUAAAGAGUUGAAAACAGACAAUGCACAUCCUGGCUCACAGAUAUCAACCCAGGCAGCUUUACAAGCUGCCCAAGCUUUGACAAGUGAAACUGAUACUCAGGGAGGACCAAACACAGUGCUUCGGGUCAUAGUGGAUAAUCAGAUCUAUCCCAUCACUCUCGACGUUCUAUACCAGAUAUUUUCUCGAGUAGGAAAGGUUCUGAAGAUAAUAACAUUCACCAAAAACAAUACAUUCCAAGCUCUCAUUCAGUAUCCAGAUGUCAUCACUGCACAAGCAGCCAAGUUGUCUUUAGAUGGGCAGAACAUCUACAAUGCUUGCUGCACAUUAAGAAUAGACUACUCCAAACUGACCAACUUGAAUGUGAAAUACAAUAAUGACAAAAGCCGAGAUUUCACCAAUCCUACUUUACCCACAGGUGAUAUAGGAUUAGACAGUCUUGGUUUUGGAGGUGCUAUGAGUAUGAUGGGAUCUCCUUUUGCUGGCCUGCCCAGCCUUGGAGCACCACUAACAGCUGCCUAUAGUGCUGCUGCAGGCCUUCCUUUAGGGGCUUUUGCUCUACCACCUGCUGUGGCUAGUGCAACCUUUGGGCUGGCUGGAUUUAGACUUCCUGGUCAGCAGUCAUUUGGAGGAUGUGUUCUGUUAGUUAGCAACUUAAAUGAAGAGAUGGUCACGCCCGAUGCUCUCUUUACCCUUUUUGGAGUCUAUGGUGAUGUUAUACGUGUUAAAAUAUUGUUUAACAAGAAAGACAAUGCUCUUGUUCAGAUGUCUGAACCACAUCAAGCACAGUUAGCUCUUACCAAUUUGGACAAGAUAAAAGUAUAUGGAAAAGAGAUUCGAGUGAAUCCAUCCAAGCACCAGCUAGUACAGAUGCCAAAAGAAGGCCAGCCGGAUGCUGGUUUGACCAAAGACUUUACCAGUUCACCACUUCACCGUUUUAAGAAACCAGGCUCAAAAAACUACCAAAAUAUUUACCCACCAUCAGCUACACUUCAUCUUUCAAACAUUCCGGCUAGUGUAACUGAGGAGGAUAUAAAGACUGCCUUCCAAGACACUGGAGGGAGUGUUGUAGCCUUCAAAUUCUUUCCGAAGGAUAGGAAGAUGGCUUUAAUUCAGAUGGGAUCUGUUGAAGAAUCAGUGAUUGCCUUGAUUAAAAUGCACAAUUACCAGUUAGCAGACUCCAGUCAUCUAAGAGUGUCUUUCUCCAAAUCCACUAUUUGAACUGACCAUUUUCACCCCUGCAAAUUGUUCCAGUGGAUGUUACAUUUUAUAAACCAGGAAACAAGGUCUGAAUUGGAAAAUGAUCUUUAUUCUGGCUUUUUUGUGCAUGACACAGAUGACCAGAAUGUAGAACAACAUUGCUACUGCAUUUUCAGUAGAAAUGAUUCCUUAAUAGUUAUCUACUUGGGACCUUGGCCUAACUCUGUGGGACAAUCACUGCCGUGCUGUGAGAAGUUCUACAUAGAUUAGUGUCAUAAUAAAACUUAAUUUCUAACAGAGCUGAAAAUAGUUUUACAAAACCAUUUGGGAAGGGACAUUUUGUAGGUGUUUAUGGGUUUUAACUUUCUUGGCAUCUAUACUUUAUAUCAAGACAUGUAUUUUGUGCAGCUUAUUUUAAUGUCAUGUAUAAAUUUUUUUUUAUAUUAUAAAUAAGACUGUAUUUUUGCAGGCUUUCUCUCUCUUUUUUGUAAUCUAGCUAUAAGUGGUUGUAGCUAAUGGCUGUUUCAGUGUUUGUAAAUCUCUAUUUUCAUAUCUAAUAACAAUGUUUUUCAUAAGCAUAAUCAAGAAUACAUAACACUGAAAUAUUUCUAUUCAUUGAAUUCUUUGUACCUUGUAAUUGGUCUGUAUGAGAGAGUGUAUUACAUAUACCCAGUCUAGUUAUCACUUGGCUCAAAACCAAAGAAUGCUAAGGUCAUAUGAACUUAGCUAAAAUUUUACAAGUUUGGAAGUUUAAUUUUCUUCUGGUUUAUUUGCUGACUAAUGUUUGCUGCAUUAUAAGUAGUUAUAUGCAUGCAUGAUUGUAGCAUACAUACAUAACAGCUUGUCCAUUUUUAUUGAGGUAUUCCUUUUCUUGUGAACAAUUUUCUAUUUCUUGUGGCUUCAUUAGAAAUAAAAUUAUAAUCUUAUUGUUUCACAUAGUUUUUUGCUUCAAAAUGUUUACUCUUAAUAAUUUUUGUUUUAUUCCAAAUCAUUUCACCCUCCCCCUCUAGCUCAUCUUUUUUGAAUCUCCUGUUAGUGUCUAGUAAUGUUUGGGUGUCUAGAACAGUUGAUUUGUGUGAAAGUUCAUUAGUAAUAUUUGAUUACUGUGUUUUUAUAAGCAUAUUUAGUGAAAUAAGAACAAAGAGGGUAAAGAUAUUUAUACACAAGUCUGUUUUAGAUAAUCACAUUUUUACAUAUUUCUAAAAAAAUACUAUAUUCAUGUGUGUGACAUUCUACUGAUUGAAUUGGGAAGCUGCCUUAGAAAAAAAGAAAUAAAACAACUUUGAAUAUUUGUCCAUUCUGGCAGUUGUUUGAUGAAUUUAAAAUAUGUUGAAUAAAUAUCAUGUAAUGGGUAGAAAAAUUAAAGAAUUGGUUAAUUAACAACAAGAAUAUUUAGUUAAAUAUGUAUUGUUAUCUUUAAAACUUACUGUUUAUUGUGUAUUUGACCAAAUGUUCAAGAAAAUUGUGCAGGAAAUGUAUUUAUGAUUGUUAUAAAAUUUUGGUUUUAAAGUCUCGGAGCACUGGUCUGAAAUUUUUUACUGAAAACUUUAAAUAUUAUGGUUUGUUGAUAAACUGUGUAACAUGUUAAGGAUAGUUAUGCUCCCUGUACUGUAAUAGAGUAGCAAACAUUAACUUCCCAAUACUCUUCCUAUUAUUAAGUGUGCUUUUUUUUUUAUUGUUUACAAGAAGAAAAAUAUAACAUUUUCAAAAAGACAAAAAAAAAGUAAAGAUAACACCUUUUUUUUCAUCCUUUGUUAUCAGCCAUGUUGAAUUUUACUGUUGGUGUAUUGUAAUACCCUGCUGCUGGUUUGUUGGAAUAGUUAAUAACUUUUGUUAAGAGUUAAUGUGGUAUCAAUGCUCUUUGCAUAAUUUAUAAAUGACCUUUUUGUAUAGGAAUUAGCAGUAAAAAAUAUUCAAUUGUACUAGCUAGAGAAGACCAAAAUGUGAGAAAAUAUACCCUCGGAUCAGGUGCCUUUAUCAUCAAGGUGGUGCUUCUACCAAAAACAGAGCUUUCAUUCCCAGUUGUAUCAAGUUAUUGAAAUAAAGAAAAAUAGUAUUUUAGCAUAUCCCUGUCAUUCGUUGUAAUUGUUCAAAGUGAGAUUAAAAAAUACAGCUGGAAAACACAAGUGCAGAAGAAAUGCUUUACAUAUCUUUGUGGGUCAUAUAUUGAUGUUAUAAUAUGUUAUGUCAUAAUAUGAUGUUAACUUGAUAAAAAUUAGUUUACGUCCAUCUAUUUUUGGAAUGAAUUGAAUAUUCCUCAAUUUGUACACUGUAGUAGAAUAGCUAAGUGUACUGUUUUUUUUUGUUUUUUUUAACAAGCCUAGAUUCAAUGCCACUUAACCCUACUGGAUAUACUCACUAUUAUAUCUCUUCACAACUACUACUUUCUGUAAUUCCUGUAAUGUGUUCUUUUGACUGAAAAGAGUGAAGUUUUUAUUUUUAUAUAUGUAUCUCUAUUAUCCUUAAGAACCCUUUGAAUGUAUGAUGGUAAAUGUGCUAUUUUUGUAUGUUUAUCACUUUGGUAAGCUUAUUAAAUGUGAAAUUGAUCACAUUUGCGCUUUUUCAAUCGCUUUUUUCAGCCUUCUCAUUGACUGUAAUGGGGUCGUUAGUGUCCUCAGUAUUCUUUCUAUACUGUCUUUUCUAUGUAUUUCGCUAUGUUAUUAUUAAAGUUCUUAACUUCA